AUGGCCGAUUCUACUUUUACCUUUUCUGCCCCAGCCGACACAGACGUCUGGAAGAAACCCCCUUCUCACGACGUCUUCACCGGUAACACUCUCCACCCGCAUGUCCAUAAUACAAACACAACUAACCGAACCUCUCUCCGUCCAGCCCCCUACAAAUCCCUCUCCAAAAACCCCUUCCCCCAGUUCAAAUCCGCCUCCAUCACCUUCACAGCAACCUACACCCACCAAUUCGACCAAGCCGGCAUCGUCCUCGUCUUCACCAAGCCCUCCCUCCCCCGCAAGUGGAUCAAAGCCGGCGUCGAGCACUUCAACGGCCAGCCGCGCCUGUCCACCGUCUGCUGCGACAACUGGGCCGACUGGAGCGUCGCCAACGCCGCUUCCGCCGAGGAGAUCCAGGCGGGAGGCAAGGCCGUGACCAUUCUGGUCGAGAGGCUGGACGCUCAUGAUGGUUCGUGCUUGUGGGUGUAUCGCGUCGAUGGCGAUGAAAAGGUUCCGAUGAGAGAGAUCAACUGGCCUUAUGGAGAUAAUGGUGGCCAGGGCUGGGAGCUUGAGAUUGGUGCUUUGAUCGCGAGACCGGCCAAGGAUACGACGGAUAGCUUGGAGGCCAAGUUUCAAGAUUUCCAAGUCAAGUGGGAUUCUGCAUAG